AUGUGUCCAAAUCCUACAAAGAUAUUAGAUUUGGGUACAGGAACGGGGAUCUGGGCGAUUGAUAUGGGAGAGCAGUAUCCCUCCGCCGAGGUCAUUGGCACAGACCUAAGUCCUAUACAGCCCAGUUGGGUACCCCCAAAUGUGAGUUUCCAAAUAGAUGAUAUCGAAAGCGAGUGGGAAUGGCCUGAAGGAACCUUCGACAUGGUGCAUAUUCGCUACCUCAACGGUGGAAUCAGUGACUGGGCUGCGCUCUUCGCUGAGGCUUAUAAGUCAUUGAAGCCCGGCGGUUGGAUUGAGGUUUGUGAGUUUGAAAUGGGUGUGGCCAGUGAUGAUGGGACGUACUCGGCGAAUUCAAGCUUAGCAAAGUAUUAUGAGCUCACGAAUGAGGCCGCUAAGAAAGCUGGUGCCGACACGCUCAUCAAUGGGAUCGAGAAAGCCGGAUUCCGGAAUUCUACAAUGAGGAGGAUUAAGGUACCACUCGGUAGUUGGCCAGCCGACCCAUUGCAGCGAGAGAUUGGAGAGUGUUAUUUGAUGCUUUCUGAGACUGGAUUUGAGGCGUUGGGGAUGGCAUUGUUGACAAGAAAUCUGGGUAUGGAUCCCAGUGAUGUGACAAAGUUGGUUAAUAGCGCCAAGCGAGAGCUGUCGUCAAAGAGAAUGCAUACCUAUAAUAUCCACUUCUUUCUACACGCUCAGAAACCACUUAAAUCGUCUGUUUGA